UCUCCUUGCAGAUAAUCUUCUUUCUCCUCUCCCAAGCAACCACCAUCUUUGCGCCUUCAAGGUCUUUCCACUGCGACCUCUCUUGACACCACGCGAUAUAUCCACAACUCUGAGCCCUUGAGCUUUGCAUAAACUACACACAAGAUACCCAACAUGCCUUUCACCGCAAGCGACAUUUGCAAGAUCCUUCUUGCCAUCAUCCUGCCGCCCGUCGGUGUCUUCCUCGAGCGAGGCUGCGGCGCUGACUUCCUGAUCAACAUCCUCCUCACGAUCCUGGGUUACAUUCCCGGCAUCAUCCACGCUCUGUACAUCAUACUGAAAUACUAAACACGCCGCCCACCAUCGUAUCCGCAAGCUCAAGCCAUGACGCCCCGUCGCUUCACGCCAUGCACGCACCACCAAUUUGCGGCAUCUGAACGGGCAUUGACUGGCGAAGUCUUUUAGAAUACGGAUGCGACAGUGGAGGAGUGGUCGCCGGCUCACAACGUGGCCGGAUAUAGACGCGGUUAUGACAGUCUUUCCUUCAUGGACUCUUUAUCUUCUUCUUCUGGUCGGCUGGAGGCAGAUGCACCCUGUUUGGAGGCGGCAUCAGGUUUGGCUAUUGUAAUGAAUUGAUACCCGACUUCCUCUAAUCACAAUUAUUUAUACAUUGAA